AACUGCCUCGCUCAAUGAGAUUCGCAACCCCAAAACCGAGACAAGCAACAGUCUGUAUAUAUCCCUUCCUCAGCUUGAUUCGCCCUAUGCAGCUCGGUGAUUUUGUUCAGUUGUUCUCGGUCAGAUUCAAACGUGAAGCACCAUUUACGAACCCCAUAUUUCGUCGCGCCAAGUUCAAUGUUCGCGACUGAUCGUCCAAGCUUCUAGUUCUGGGAUGGAAGGCUGGAAGCUGGCAUGACUGCGACCCAAUGUGUCGCAAAGUCGAUGACAUUCAUUAAAUCUGAGGCGGACGAGUUUAGACAUUGUGAAGUGACCAAUUCCUUCUCCUUUUGGGGAGGGGCACUUUUGCCGGUGUUUCAUCCAGUUGGUCUGGAAACCAGUCAACGACAUGGCGCCACGAGCUCCCCGUGAAGUCACCCUCGACAAUGUGUUAUGUCGGUUUUUUUAUGCAUCCUUAUGAUACUAGUAGUCUUGACGCUGACAUUUCAACAGUAUCACUCAAGGGUGGAUCUCAAACCGCCCGAUCAAAUGCUCUAGAUGACUUGCUGUUUCUCUUUGGGAAAAAGUCUAGAGCCUCUGAACUUUCGAAAAUCAAGGACAAGGAAUACCACAGCCUCUUAGAUGCCGUGUUUCACUGUACCCUCGCUGAAAAGUCGGUGUAUUUAAGCAAGACGAAGUGUGGGACCAAGACAAGUGAGGAUAGACUUGCAAAGUGUGGCAAGGCAUUGCAGUCGGUCAUCGAGAAUGGAGCCCAAAAAUUCAAACGAAAAACCUUGUUGGCAGUGGUUGACCAUAUCAUCGAGACACUUCCCGGACCCGACGACGACCUCAUAAGCCCCCUCCUGCAAAAUUACAUCAAAGCCCUCGUUGUUCUAGUCAGCCAGCCUGCUAGGGUUGAGCUUCUUGCGACUUACAAUGCUGAGAGCUGGCUGUCGUGUGUCGAUUUCACCGUCAAGACCAUCACGCAGUAUAUCGAGAAUGGCGACAGAGAUUCGGGGCCAUCUCGUGCAUCCCCGGCGCCAGGAACUACGCAAGCGUUCUCCAAUGCUCUCUCCACGCUACGAUCGAGCUCGAAUUCAUCGCUCUCACGCGGUGGGGGUCAGAAACAGAAGCAGAGCACCCGUCUUCAGGAUCUGUUUCAAUGUCUUCUGUCACUAGUAUCAGCUGCCAACGCCCCACUCCUCCAGCGUUCCAAGGACAUCUCAUCUGUUGUGACACAAGCUCUUCAGCUCCGGUCUCUCAAUAAAGAGUCCAUACCACUCGGCUUCGCGAUACUUCACGUGAUAUUGGCGUUCGCUCAAACAGACGACAGCGACCACGCAAACUUCCUGACUCGCGAGUUGCUUCCAUUGAUAAGUUACUGGUGGCCUGACAGAAAAGGUGGACAAGACAAUGCCCUGAUCAACAGCAUACAAACAGAGAUUCUCAAGACGUUGUUGAGUAUACACCUCGGCCUCGAAUGUCUAGUGCGAUGCGGAGAGUCGAGUAUUCUUGCAGACAUCGAGGAUCUCUGCGAGUUGCUCUGGACCGAAUACUCGAGGCGGGAAGACCGUGCCCAGCUUCAACAAGAUGACUUGACAUAUUCAAGAGUUCCUCGGCACAGCCAUUCAUUUCACACACAUCUUUUUGGCCUUCGGCCCAACAAUGUUGAAGCAGAGCGGAAAUGGGCCUUUAUACAGGUUCUUGCUCUUCUCGAAGGUGUCUUAUGGAAGGAAUCUCGACCACAGACUACCCCUGUUGAUGCAGACGAUGAGCAGCCGCGCAAGAAAAGACGCACAACUGAAGGUGCAAGUAGGCUCCGCCAGAAGCUUCGUUCAAUCGACCACUCGGUACAGUUUACCGCGAUGCAGAUAAUCCCUUUUUUCAUUUCGAAUAUCACCUUGACGGCCCCAGAUAUGGCUGAGACUCUGUCCUUGUUGAUCGGCUUGACCGGCCAUAAAGACGGCAAGCUGGUAACAUGGGCAUUGAUUGCCAGUGCCAGUCUCGCUCAAUCAGGGCUCGCCACUCACGACUCCUUAGUUUCAGCAUGGAAACAGCUAUGGUAUAUAGCCGCACGCAAUGUGAGCAUAUCGGGGAACUGUCGCGCAUCAUGUAUUCUCUUGCACUCGAUCGUGUCGAACGACCUUUUACCCUACCGUGACAUAUCAGACGACGUCAACAGCGUCGUCACAGCAGCAGAUAUCAGCGGCCCUGCCAUCGCGGUAGAUGCAUCGAUCAUUCUCAUGACCACGUUACUUCAACUCAGGAACUAUCAACUCCCAAGUGCCAGUUACGCAACGGGCAAUCACAUUGUACGUUGGCUCUCCCUCAGAUGGGAUCCCGCCGACAUAACCUUCAUCUCUUUCCACUCUGCGCAUGUUGAUCCACUAGAGAUAAUCAACCUUUUUCGAGUGUCUUGUGGCAUACCCCUUUUUAUCCCAUCGGGGUUUCCACAAGCAAUAUGCGGCCCCAUCUGCGAGUCUUGGAGUUUCCUCCAGGAACGUGCAGACAUCGUGCGAUAUCUUCUGUUACUAGAAGACCGUGAAAAUGCGCCGUCGAUACGACGUCGUCCGCAAGACUCUAAUGCCAAGUCCAUUAUGCAGGUAACUGAAACCUCCGACUCGAGAGCUACCAGAAAGCUCGUGGCGGAGCUGCUACAUCCCAAACUCGAAGAGGUAGGGAUUCUGUGCGAAAGUUGGAGUAAACGAGGAGAUGGCUCAUCUCAGAUAUCGACUAAAAAGCUUCAAAGUCUCAUGUGUUGCCUAAUAACUGUGGCUUUCACAGUUCCCCAUCUUACCGAGGUAAAUUCGACACAAUCCCAGAACUUGGAACCGAUCUUGUUUGAGGUUUUGAAGGAUGGUCUCAGAGCUAUCCCGGAGGCACCGGAGAGCCAGUCGCUCUAUGAGAGUAUCCUCGAAAGCGUUCGACCCUAUCUACCGGCGUGUUCUACGGCUCCACUUGAGCGGUUCUUAAAAGAUUUGCCCCAACUCGCUCGUCUUUUCUCUGAGAUAUCGGUGGAAUACCGCGAGGACAGAACUAAGCAGCCGUUUCGAGGUGGCGAUGACAUUAUGGAUGUGGACGAUGAUGGCUUUGGUUCUCAGCAGAGCCGGUCCGGCAUUGUCUCAAGGUCCUUUGAGAUAUCCCGGCGGCAAUGCUCCAUGUUUGACUCAAACUCGUUCUACUCGGACACAGGACAAAGACUUCAACUUCUGGGCGUCUUAUGUCAAGAUCCAGGGCAGGUGGGCCUCGUGCCGCCGAUUUUUCUCGAUAGCUUUUUAGCCUCGUCCGACGAAAUGUUCCUGUCUUGCCGUAGUUUGAUCCAAGAACUUAUUGCCGGUGAUCUCGUUAUCAGCUCCGAUGACGCUUCGAGAGUUGUCGAGAAACUGGGGGGCAUAAUCGGCGCAAGUGCCUUCUCCAGUUGUGAGGUGGCCCUCACUACUUGCAUCAAUACCAUCCAGGGCUUGAAAAUGCUGUGGCAGGAUGAAAGGAGUGAUCUAUUAGCGAUAGUCGGCGAGCUGUACCACUUUUUCAUCACCAAAGCAUUCCCAAGCAAUAUUCUGUCCCCGAAAGUUCAGACUGCACUUUCUCGCCUGCUUCUCGGGCUGACUGAAGUGAACGAGAAGUUCAUGGAAGGCCUCAAACUACCCACUACCGUCGAAACCCUCUUCAACUUACUUGAGCAAGGCACCAUAUCCGUCAAGUUCUUCAUCGGCGCCAAACUCCCGAACAUUUUUAAGAGGUACAUUCUAAAAAUGCAUGACAAGGUCUUCGUGAACAUUCUCAAUAGCCUACCCACAGAUGCCGGUAAUCUCGAGGGGAUAGCAUUGAGGCUCUUUGUACUUGGUGAGCUAGCUCAGCAGUGGCCGACACUACUACGGCGGUGCAUUUAUCAUAUCUUCGAAACACCUGGUAACGUACGCGAGUCAACGAAACAUGCGGCAUACUGCCUCCGAAAGGUUGCCACCAAACUAGGUCUUGACAGUCCACAACGUCUGUUUGAUCUGUUUGCGCCACAACUUCUAUAUACUUGGCUUGACGAGGAAUCAAUUGAGAGUAUCGCCUAUGAGAUCUUUGGCUUCUCUGAUUUGGAAGAACUUUUGAAGCGUGCACAAGCGGAAGCCGCUGCUCUGAUGACCAUGCGUGGACAGGACUCGACGGUGGCAGAACUCGCCGAGUCAUUACACCAGUCUCCCACCCAACUCAUCCGAACCUCUUUCUCAAAGGUUUUUGCCUACAGCAUAGCUCACGACAUCAGUAUGCCCAAGAGUCAGCAAAGCCAAGCGGGAGAAACUCGAAUCAGAAAAAUGCUUGGUCGGGAGCCCUUUCUGGAAAGUGUCUACAUCAACUUCGCGGACAUUAUCGCCACAUUUUUCACCAUGGUAGACCAAGACGAUCCAAUUGAAAGAUCUUGGACAAAGGAGGACAAUCUUGCGUACGCGGCCGAAAUCUUGGAUGAGAUUAAAAAGUGUGGACAUUCCGAAGUUGAGUUACCUGCGAACCAGCAACCGUCUUUCCGCGCCAAAUAUCUCACAAGGCAGAUGGCACUCCUAUGCGGCCGUACGGAGUACGAAAUGCCCAACAUAUGGACUCCCGCAUUGGUCGUUACAGUUGCCAGGAAACUAUUUAACAUGAUCCACCCCGCGUUAGGAGCUUUACACGCCUGUUCCGUGAUUCGAAAAGUUCGUUUGUUGAUAUGUCUGGCUGGGCCCUUGGCUUGGGACUCGUAUCCCCUGGAGAUGCUGCUGCAUUGUCUGCGCCCGUGGGUUGUCGAUUCUGAAUGCGCGGAUGAUGCACUCGGUAUGACACAAUACCUUUUGGAACACGGAUCGGAAUCAUUGUCUCAGUCUCCCUCAUUUUUGGCUGGCUAUGCCUUGUCCACCCUGGCUUCCUUAAGGGUAUUUUUGGAGUCUAGCCAAGCGAGUACGACCCAGGAAAGCCAGUAUAAAGCCACCAUGACUAAAGCUCAGAAGUUCCAUUCGUGGUUGACAAAGUACCUCGAAGCGUACCAAUCCCCCUUAUUACAGGAUGAACAGCAACUUUCUGCGUUCAAGGCCAUCACGCAUUCUGCAGCGCGAGUCAGAUCUUCUGGGAACGCUGAACGGGGGACACAUGAGAGCAAUUUAUUGCUUGAGAUUCUUCGUGAUGAAGGCAGCGAUCAGCCUCUCCUAAACGACCCAUCCCGGAGAUUGGCUCUAGAGAUGCUCUGCACAGACUUCAGGCUCCCCGCCUCAUUUCGAGCGGAUGCCGUCAAUUCUGAUGAGGCAGCCCUGGAACUAGCCACCCCUCUCUGGAAAAGCUCCCACGCCAGGGCCAACAAUGAACAAUACCUAGUAUGGACAGGUCGUGUCAUUGGAAGAAGUUUCGCCGCAUCAGGCGAUAUUGAUCAAACGCUGCUUCAAGAAUCUCAUUUGCCGACUCAAUACCAGGAGAUUUCCGAUGAACACAGCUCUGAGCAAGGAUUAUUGGGUCUGAUGCAGUCUCUUACCGCAGCCAGCGAUGGGGUUCAUGCUGGACUAGCGGAGUCCGCGCUGAGGACCAUUGUUUCCGAAGCCGCGGCUCAAGAAGAUAAUGACUUGUUAGCCGCGUGCCAGAAAGUCUUGACUCCCCAACUGCGUGUGGCUUCGGAUUGGAGCCUGUACCGUCCGCCUCCUUCUGACAACGUGCCGGUAGAGUCGGUAUCUCUGAGUCUCACUUUCGCUAGCGAGGCAAUUGAAAGCCCACAAUGGUGUCAACAUCUCACGAUACACUUGACCCAGUCAGUCCCGGAAAGUAUUGUUCUGAGUGCUUUGCCCCAAAUCCUCUCGAGCGUCAAAGGUUUCGCAGAGCAGGCGUUUCCAUUUAUCAUUCAUCUGGUUCUCCUGUUUGAACAUGAUGCCCACCAGUCUGCCAAGAAAAAGCUGUCGGCAGUCCUGAAUGACUGGUUAGGGCUGGCAUCGCCAGAGGCCAAGGACAACGUGAGCCUAUUGUUGAAUGCGCUUCUCUAUCUUAGAACUCGGUGUCUGCCAGGAGAGACCUCAAUAGCUGACCGGUCCCAGUGGUUGGAUCUUGACUUAUCGGUUGCUGCUUCCGCUGCCACGCGAUGCGGUAUGUUUAAAACCGCAUUGCUGUUCGUGGAGUCAGCUGAAUCGGAAGGGUCAGGCAGUUCUCGUCGUUCUUCGACCGUCCGAGCUCAGGAAUCUACGGACGUCCUUUUGGACAUUUUCGAGAAUAUCGAUGACCCUGAUGCCUAUUAUGGCCUGCACACCAACGCAAGCCUUCGCAAUGUCCUCGCGCGACUUGAAUAUGAGAAAGACUCUCACAAGAGUCUGGCCUUUCGUGGGGCCCAAUAUGACAGUCAUGUCCGCAGAAGAGACCCAGCUUCCAACGCAGACAGCCAAUCACUAGUUGGAACACUGAAUAGCCUCGGUCUUUCGGGGCUAUCGCACUCGCUGCAAACGCAACAAACUGUGGAUGGAGCAUAUGCUUCCGUUGACCACACCUUCGUCAAUGCGCGGAGACUAGAAAUCUGGAACUUGCCUGUCCCGGCGUCCACAAUUGACCCUUCCGUGACACUCUACAAGGCUUACCAGGGCUGUCACCAAGCGAACACGCUUGAAGAUGCCCGCUCGGCCAUUCACAAUGGCCUCAGUCGAGCCAUGCAGAAUCUUGUCAAGCGCGACAUCAGUACAGCAAGCAUCAGGCAGAAUAUGGGAACACUAGCCGCUUUGACAGAAUUGGAUGAUGUGCUGAACAUAUCGAAUUCUGCCGAGCUCGACAACAUGCUGACGACUUUUGAAGAGCGAUCCAAAUGGAUGAAGCGCGGGAGAUACGCAGAUGUUCGCCACAUUCUCUCAUGUAGGGAAACAACGUUAAGCAUACUAGGCCAUAAUCUCCAGGUCCGUGCCAUGGGCGAUGUGAACCAGCCCAACACCAGACUGGUGGAAGUCAAGUCAAUGCUGCUAUCAUCCACCGUCUACCGAUUCCAUCAAGCAACUCAAGAGUCGCUCAAUAUCGCAACUGCUCUGAACGACCUGAUCUCGCCGAGCUACAAACUUGGCCUGAACAUCGACGCAGCCGCAAAGCUCGAAGCGGCCAAUUCCUUGUGGGAUCAUGGCGAGAUGUCUUCGUCAAUUCGCAUGCUUCAGAGCAUCGAUGAUGACUCUGACCUCAAAAACCAGACGAUUCCCGUCAGGCGGAGCGAUCUCCUGGCCAAGAUUGGAUAUCAGGUCUCGGUCGCAAGGCUGGAAAAACCAGACAGUAUUCAGAAGAACUACCUCCAGCCAGCUCUGAAAGAGCUGGGGGGCAAGUCAGAUGGCCAAGAAGCAGGAAAGGUAUACCACCAGUUUGCCAUGUUCUGCGAUGAGCAGCUUCAAAACCCUGACGGGCUUGAAGAUCUUGCUCGUCUGCAGCAUCUUCGGCAAGGAAAGAGCGACGAAGUUACCCAACUGAAGGGUCUCAUUUCCAGCACGAGGGAUUCUCAGACCAAGGGGCGUUAUCAGAAUCACCUCGCGAAGGCCAAGCAGUGGCUUGACCUCGACGAACAAGAGCUACGCCGCGUUGAGCAAAGCCGCAGUGAGUUCGUUCGUCUAAGCUUGGAGAAUUAUCUUCUGUCCCUCAGUGUCUCGAAUGAACACAAUAAUGAUGCACUUCGAUUUGCAGCUCUCUGGCUUGAGCGUUCUGGAGAAGACUUUCUCAACGAGGCCGUCAAAAAAUACAUCGACAAGGUGCCAACCCGGAAGUUCGCGCCGCUGAUGAAUCAGCUUACCUCCCGUCUUCUUGACCAGGCCAGCCUUUUCCAGAGGGUACUAAUAGACCUGGUGUACCGGAUAUGUGUAGACCAUCCAUACCACGGUAUGUACCAAAUUUGGUCAGGUACAAGAUCUCGCAUGAAUAAGGACGACGAUGUGGCAGUACUCAGACAGAAAGCAACAACCGAGGUCUCCAAAAAGCUCCAACAGAACGAGGCGGUAUCGAAGAUAUGGUUAUCAAUCGAUAGGACUAGCAAGGCAUACCACACCCUGGCUGUUGACCGAGAUUCGCGCUAUAAGGCAGGGCAGAAGAUCGCCAUUAAAGACUCGGGUGCUGGUGUAGCGCUGAUCAACUCGCUGGCCAAAUAUCGGAUUCCCCCUCCCACGUUGCAGAUGGAGCUCUCGGCCAACCGAGACUAUUCGCGAGUUCCAUACGUGAUCAAAAUUGAGCCCAAUAUGACGAUAGCAUCGGGCGUGAGCGCCCCCAAGAUUAUCACUCUGGUUGGGAACAAUGGCGAACGAUUCAAACAACUCGUCAAAGGCGGAAACGAUGAUCUCCGCCAGGAUGCUAUCAUGGAACAAGUUUUCUUGGCUGUGUCAUCGGUCUUGAAGCUGCACCGAUCAACGCAGCAACGCAAUCUCGGCAUCCGGACUUACAAAGUGUUACCGUUGACGGCUUCAUCUGGCAUCAUUGAGUUUGUUCCGAACACGAUUCCGCUUCAUGAGUACCUCAUGCCAGCACACGAGCGCUAUCAUCCCAAAGAUCUCAAGGGGAAUAAUUGCCGAAAGGAAAUAUCAAAUGUGCAGAAUAAGUCUGUGGAAACAAGGUUGGCCACCUUCAAGAAAGUCACCGACCGGUUCAAGCCUGUCAUGCGGUACUUUUUCACCGAGUACUUUGUCGAUCCAGACGAGUGGUAUACCAAACGAACAGCAUAUACGCGCACCACCGCGGCAAUCUCGAUCCUCGGCCAUGUCCUCGGCUUAGGCGACCGCCACGGGCACAACAUUCUGCUAGAUUCGCACACAGGCGAAGUCGUGCAUAUAGAUCUGGGAGUGGCAUUCGAGAUGGGCCGCGUUCUCCCAGUCCCCGAGCUUGUCCCCUUCCGCCUCACGCGUGAUAUUAUCGAUGGUAUGGGCAUUACGCGGACGGAGGGUGUGUUCCGUCGCUGCUGUGAGUUCACGCUUGAUGCUCUGCGUGAGGAGACAUACUCCAUCAUGACCAUCCUCGACGUUCUACGGUACGAUCCACUGUACUCGUGGUCCAUGAGCCCUGUACGCAUGGCGAGAUUGCAAGACACGCGACAAAACGAUGAACCCGGGGCCGGCGGGCCUACGGAAAGCGAGCUAGAUCCUAGGAGGAAGCGGGGAACUGGUAAUGGAGGAAGUGUGGUGAAUGAGCCGAGUGAGGCCGACCGUGCGCUCGAGGUGGUGCGGAAGAAGCUGAGCAAGACGCUGAGUGUCACUGCGACGGUGAACGACUUGAUCAACCAGGCGACGGAUGAAAGGAACCUGGCGGUGCUGUAUUCUGGUUGGGCUGCAUAUGCUUGAAGACGUUACACAAUACCCGUGUACAAUACAAAUUUCAUACACUUGCUGGGUUGGCUAUUCCUUGGACAUCUAUAUCAUUAGCUACUCGUCGAGAGAAGUAC